CGAUAGCAGGACCAUUUUCUGCUCAUGCUUUAACAAACGAUCGGUUUAUCGCAAUUUCUGGAAAUACAGGAAGUUAAUUAUUUAGUACGCAUAUGAAAGCGCUGGAGUGUGUCCUCACAGGAAAGCUGUUUAGCCUGUAAUGGAUUACUGAUAAUUUGAGGUUUAACCAUGGAACAAAGAAGAUGCAAGAUGCGGAGGACGCGAGGAUGUUUGUUCCGCUGUGUGGUUGCUGUGAUUUUGUGGAGCGUGGCUUCAGCGCAGAUAAGAUAUUCUAUCUCCGAGGAAGUUAACGUAGGAACUGCGGUUGGAAAUAUAGCCAAAGAUCUGGGAUUAGAUAAAAGCACAAUUAAAGAUAGGAAGUAUCGGAUUGUAUCCAGUAAUGCAGAUCCGCUUUUCCAUGUGAAUCUAAACGAUGGUGUCCUGUAUGUGAGCCGGAAGAUCGACAGAGAGGAGGUGUGUGCGCAGACCAGUAUGUGUUUAAUAAAUCUGAAAACCGUGCUGGAAAACCCGCUGGAGGUUAACUAUGUUGGUGUGGAAGUCCUGGACAUAAAUGACCAUUCUCCAAGUUUCCCAGAGGAAGAAACUACGUUGGAGAUUUCAGAGUCUGUAAUACCGGGAGUACGUAUUCAGCUUAAAACAUCGCGGGAUCCAGACAGUGUUCCUUUCUCCGUGCAACACUAUAAACUUAAUGACAACGAUCAUUUCCGUUUGGAAAUUAAGGAUAAAGGAGACGAUGGUAAAACACCAAUUUUGGUUAUUCAGAAAUCUUUAGACAGAGAAACUAAAGGAAGCCAUUCAUUAGUACUAACGGCACUGGACGGGGGUAAACCUCCAAAAUCUGGAACUAUGAAUAUUGUAGUAAAUGUUUUAGAUAUUAAUGAUAAUGCACCUGUUUUCGCCAAAGAAGUUUAUGCUGUGAUGAUCGAUGAAAAUGUUCCAAUAGGUACAACAGUCAUACAAGUCAAUGCAACUGAUUUAGAUGAAGGGCCGAAUGGAGAAGUAGUUUACUCAUUUACUAAUAGUAUAAACAGAAGGUUAUUAAAAAUAUUUGAUAUGAAUCCAUCAACAGGUGAAAUAACUGUUAAGAGUUUGAUAGAUUACGAGGAGAAAGACAACUAUGAGAUUGAAAUUCAAGCAUCAGAUAAAGGUCUUGCUCCACUGGCUACAGAAAAAAGUGUCAUCAUUAAGAUAGUUGACGUCAAUGAUAAUGCUCCUGAGGUAGAGGUUACUUCAUUUUCAAGCUCCAUCCCUGAAGAUUCAAGAGCUGGAACUACAGUAGCCCUUAUCAGCGUCAAGGACUUGGACUCUGGUCUCAAUGGAAAAGUAAUUUGCUCCAUAGAUGAGGAUGUACCUUUUACUUUAUUGCCAUCUUUACAAGACAAAAUGUAUGCAUUGGUGACUAAAACACCUCUGGAUAGAGAGAAACAGUCACAAUAUGUGUUGACGAUAACUGCAAAAGAUGCUGGUCAACCUCCAUUAUCAUCUGAGAAGACCAUAAAUGUAGUGGUUUCAGAUGUGAAUGACAAUAGUCCGUUUUUUUCACUGAGUCCAUAUACUUUCUAUGUCACUGAAGUAAAUGAGCCAGGUACCUCUGUGUUUUCAGUAAAAGCUUUCGAUCGUGAUGAGAAUGACAAUGCACAAAUAACCUAUCAUAUUCUCAGAGAUGGCCGAAAAGGAAAUUCAUUUACCUCCUUUUUAAAUAUCAACUCUGAAACUGGAGACAUUUUGGCGCUGAAAAGCUUUGACUUUGAGACUCUGAAAACGUUCCAGUUCCAAGUUGUCGCCACAGAUUCUGGAACUCCGUCACUAAGCAGCAAUGUCACAGUGCACGUGUUCAUUCUGGAUCAGAACGAUAACGCUCCAGUCAUCCUGUAUCCGGUCAGCUCUAACGGUUCUGCUGAAGGUGUGGAGGAGAUUCCCCGCAAUGUGAACGCAGGACACUUGGUGACUAAAGUCAGAGCCUAUGACGCUGAUAUAGGAUAUAACGGCUGGUUACUGUUCUCACUGCAGGAAGUCACUGACCACAGUCUCUUUGGUUUGGACCGCUAUACAGGACAGAUCAGAACACUUCGCUCAUUCACAGAGACAGACGAGGCUGAGCAUAAACUGAUCAUACUGGUGAAAGACAAUGGCAACGUUUCCCUGUCAGCAACAGCUACUGUGGUUGUCAAACUUGUGGAGCCCAGAGAGGCUUUUGCUGCUGCUGAUGUUAAAAGUGCAACAAAAGAUGAUGAGGAUAAUAAUGUGACUUUUUACCUGAUGAUAAUUCUGGGCUCAGUCUCAACACUAUUUCUCAUCAGCAUCAUCGUGCUGAUUGCAAUGCAGUGCUCUAAAUCCACAGACUAUACUUCUAAAUAUCUCCAAGAGACUAACUAUGAUGGGACACUGUGUCACAGCAUCCAGUACAGAUCUGGAGACAAGCGGUACAUGUUAGUUGGACCCAGAAUGAGUAUAGGAUCUACUAUAGUCCCAGGCAGUCAAGCCAACACACUGGUGCUUCCUGACAGGAGGGGGACAUCCACAGAGGUAAGAUAA